AUGGCAGUAACAAAUUUUACUCAAGACAAAAACCAGCUGCAGGCAACAAUUCAAGAGCUUUAUUGCUCGGCGGAAUUUACAAGAGAAGUACACAUCGACCUAAUUUGCCUUUCAGCUCUAAAUAUUUUCCUGUCAGUUACUGCAUUUCUGGGCAACACUCUGAUCCUAGUUGCCCUACACAAGGAAACUUCACUUCAUCUGCCGUCCAAACUCCUGUAUCGUAACCUAGCGAUAACUGAUCUCUGUGUUGGUAUAAUUACAGAGCCUCUGAAGGUCGCUUAUUGGAUGUCUGUGGUGACAGGAAGAUGGAAUAUAUGCUAUUACGCUCAUUUGCCAGUUGCCAUCUCAGGCACUGGUUUGUGUGCAGUGUCUUUACAAACACUGACUGCAAUAAGCGUGGACAGACUUCUUGCCUUGUUGCUGGGGCUCAGAUACAGACAAAUUGUAACUUUUAGAAGAACAUUUAUUACUUUACUCGGUAUGUGGAUUUUCUCCAUUUUAGGCACAUCAAGUUUUCUUUGGAAUCCUGUCAUUCAUCGAUGGUAUACAUACUCAGGCUUGUCUCUGGGUUUGGUCGCCUUGAUUUGCUCGAACACAAAAAUAUUUUCCAUCCUUCGUCAUAACCAAAUUCAAGUGCAGAAUCUCGUUGUUCAAGGACAACCGAGCCAAGCAAUUCCCUCACUGAACAUAGCUCGAUACAGAAAAGCAGUCUACAGUGCACUUUGGGUGCAGGGAGCAUUCGUUAUUUGUUAUUUGCCACACGGGAUAGCAGUAGCUUUGACACCUGAAAAACGGAUGCCCAUUUCUAUUUACCUUGCCAGGCAAUAUACGCUCUGUUUAGUUUACUUAAACUCAUCAUUAAACCCUUUGCUAUACUGCUGGAAGAUCAGAGAAGUGAGACAAGUUGUGAAAGACUCAAUAAGACAACUCUACUGUUAAUCGAACUGGUUUGCUGUCAUUUCCGUCUUAUUGAAAGGUUCGUUGAAAUUAAAAAAAUCAAAUUGACUUAUCUGAUUGUUACGCUUUGUUGCGCUCUCACAAAAGAUGGAAUACUUGUAAAAUGGCCGAAGCUAAAAUGCAGAAAAUUAAGGAAGAAGGAGCCGUCAAGAAUCAGUGUCUUCUCCUCUUGCUAAAAAGCCCGAAAAUUCUAGACCAAUUUAAGGGGGCAGACCUCAAACAAUCCGUUCAUAAACGCUGCGUAGUAAUCUCGACACCAGAUUCCCAAAUUGCAUCGAUUUUUUUUGUUGUUUCUUUCAGGGUUACCGUAAAUCCUCUAUUAAGUCCCCCCCCGGGGGGGGGGGCUUAUUUAUUUCAAGCCCAUUUAAGGGGACUGCUUAAUAGAGACGGGGGGCUUAUUUAAUUUAAAGUGACGUUGGAAUCAGUUCUCGAUAAAGAACUAGAAUACUAAGUGGAGAAGCUCAAGAACAAGAAGGUUGGAGGUCAUGCAGCCGAGGAUCAGAAUCAAAUUCAAGCUCCCAGUUGGUAAAUAAAUCAUCCCACAUCAGCCCGCACAAAGUUUUACAGUCGUGAUUGAUUAAUACAGUCUCCCAUUUAUUAGUGAAGAAUAAUUAGGGGAGAGGGGAGGGAGGCUUAUUAACUUUCUUCCCCUGAAAAGGGGGGGGAGCUUAUUAGAGGGAGGGGGAGGGGGGCUUAAUAGGGGAAUUACGGUAAAAGUUCAGUUUCGAAUUAAAAAUUACCGUUGAAUACAAACAUUAACAGCACAUUUAUACAGGGUUAGCCUCGACAUAAAGUAAAAUGGAUGUACACACCACCACACAUCACGGUUUGAAAGGGAAAGCACUUAUCUAAAGGUCUAAACUUCAAAUAGGAACAAAUCGUAGCAUCAGAUUUUUCUCCUUUUUUUAGGCUUAAGUGUAGGACUAAUACCUUCCCACGAAAACAUUACUUUUUGGUAGAUGACCUACCCUCCCUUCAAUAAUGGGGAACGUGUUUCGUCCGCCAUUUUGUCAUUUUACUGCCCAGACGAGGGCCUUUAUUUUCAUUCAUUUUUUUUUUUUCGAUUAGGCUUUGCCACAGGCAGCCCAGUAAUUGAGAAAGGAAGGGUACUGUCCGUAUUCUUUUCAUAUAGGUUAGCAAAGGAGAUGAUUCUGUUUGAGCUGAAUUUUCUGAAGGUGGGAUUUAAAUAAAACCUCCAAGUAGCUAUGGCGUACGAAAUGUUUGGAGUAAAGCUGGUUUAGGCGGACACAGUCAGCUUUGGACCUCGCUGACCUGGACACUACCUAGUUUUUCCACUUUGAGAGGCGUUUACCUCAACCGGCCAAAAAUCAAAGGUACGCGUCGGAUACAUCUAGAAACUCGCUUCAAUUUUGCCAAGUGUUUCAUUCGAUCUUCGAUCUUUUCCUGAAAACCUGCUCCUGAGUAUUCUUUUAUUCAUCCCAUAAUAUUAUUUUAAAAACUGUAUGGAUCGAGUAUCUUGUAACAUGCAAAUGAGCUAAGAAAUAGCAUCAAAUCAUGCGCAUGUGCUUCAGCUGACUGUGUCCCUUUAACUAUAUCCCCACCGUGGCUAGAAACUGCAAGGGGUAUGGGUACAAGAUUUCGGCACAUCGAAUUCUGGGAUCGUUUGAGUAGACAAGCGUUUACUAUGAUUGGUUAGUAUUCAUUCAAAAAUAUUUUCCCGAUUCUGAUUGGCUAAAAGCACACGCAUAAUUCACCAUAACCAGCUACUGAUGACCAAAUUUGGAAGAAUAUUGCGUUUAAUGAGCCGAUGACGUCAAAGGUACAGCUUUCUUGCAGGUUAAUGCACCGUUAACCGAGAAGACCUGGGGACGAGGUUGAGUUGUUUGGUUGUGAAAACAAAAAUGGCUGACAUUUCACUCGUUUCAAGAGUAAGAACUAGGCGAAACUGAUUGCUAAAAACAUGGCAAGAACAGCAAGAAGACAACUCGAAGGGCGACAUCUGCUAUUUGGAGAAUAUUUGCAGAGCUGAACAACCCUAAACGUGCACUAUUGAAGAUGAACUUAACAUGGAUGGAUCGUUGGAGGUAGGCAUGUUUUAGCCAUGUUUUUAAACUAAAAAUUAUUUUGAAUGAAUAAUAAAACAAUUAUUGAAUUCGGCUUUCGUAUCAUAUAAAGAAUUGUGGAGUGCCUUAAAUAUUUCAGCUUGUAUCCAUUCUCCUUAGAGUUUCUGAAGCUACUAAGGUUCUGACCUGUGUGCGACUUGCAAUAUAUAUGUUGUGGGUUAAUUUUAUCCUUGGUUUAAAUUUCAUUUCCCUUUGUUUUUAAGGCCCUGUUCGCUCUUUGCAAAAUUUUGUUUAUUUUGCAAAAAAAUCUGUCAAAAUGGAGGCCAUUUCUAGUGCGAAUGAUCGUUUUCACCUACCAAAAUUUUCUCAAGUGUCACCAAAGUUAAGUUCAAAGAUGCCGUCGAGAAAGUUUGGAGGCCUACAAUUUCUUAUUAGGCAAAGAAAAUCCUUUCUUCCUUGACAGCUAUCCUUCGUCGGGUCAUCUUAUUUUGCGAACAUGAUUACUAUACUCUUUUAGCUGCUCUUUCUUUCUUAUUCGUUUGGAAUUGAAAUGGCCAAUACGUUCAUGCACCCUCGUAUUCCCUCGAAAACCGUCCCCGAAUUCAGACGACAAUUGGCAAAGUCUAUACGCAUUUCAGGACCAAAACGGAGCAAAACCCGUACCCUUGGGGGCGGCACAUACUUAUGACGCAAAUAUAAAGGAGUACCCCCCCCCCCCCGGGGGAGGCGGAUACUGUACAAGUUGUUGCUUUAAAAAUAAAAUUAACACAUGUGAGUGCGAACGUCAGGCGCCGAGGUGUUUUUUAACGUUGCCCUUUUUUCUUUAUUCGGGCUUAUACGAAGACAUAUACCUCUUGUUCUAGUCACCAAAGAUAUUUUCAGAGCCACGUUCGUUAAUUUUAUAAUUCCCAGCAAUUCAAAGUGUACAGUGACCUGCAGGUGGUGAUUUUUUAUUAGAGGAAGAUCAAAGCCUACGGAAAGUUGUACAAGGCACAAGAAAAACCGUUGAAUUUUGUCCACUGUCGUUGCAGAGUGUCAUAGAGUCAUGCAUAUAUAUACUUGGUAAAUAAAAAUUAAUGUUAGAUUAAUCAUUAAAAUAUAUAUGUAUAUUCCUUCAGUUUGACAGGAGAAGAGAACUAAUUUUCAGCUGACACUAAAUGGGCGCUGUUAAAUGCAGCUUUAAUAUUUUGGCGCGAAGAUGAAAAGUUUAAAAAAAGGUCGAUUCUCUGUGCUGCCUUUAAUGGCUUGUCUCCGGUGAAGGCAAUGUAAAGUGGAAUUUUAAUAUUUCUGACGUUAUUUACAAUCAUGAAGAUGAAAAAGGUUAGAAUAAGAUGAAUAGGUUUGUAACAAAGGAAUAAACAUCUGCAAGAAGCGGAGACGCCAAUUGCGCGUCACCAUCCUCUGACGUGAGGCCUGUCUUAAGAAAUAAACUUAUACAAAUAUUUAUUAUAACUGGAAAGGUCAGAUGAUCAAUGUGAGAUGUAGAGCUUUAGUCAUUCAUGCAUCUCGAUUUAGCAAAGGAAAGAAGUAGAGGUGAAUGGUAAAGGUAAAGAUUCCUUAUUUUACGUCGGUAGUUCGAAAUGCUCACGAUCUGACUAACAAACCUGAGGCCGAAAGUACGCCAAUUUUUACGCCGUUUUUCGGGUAUUUAAGCUCCUAAAGGCAAGGAAAGAAGUCCAAAGAAGGAUUUGUAGUCACCAAGAGCCAUAAUGGGUCCCAUUAUGGCUCUUGUAGUCACACAUGAGAAUUGGACUCGGGACCUCUCGCACAGAAAACGGCCAACUAACCAACUGUGCCUAGAUUACGACCUGUCUGGUUUUUCUUCUUAGUCCGUCGAGCGAAACGCUCGAGACACGAAAAUGACCACGCGCGUGACUGGAGGCGCUUGGGCACGUGUACAGUUCUGAAGCCAGGGACUGCUCACAGUGUAAACUGUGCCAAUCUUUAUAGUUUUGUUUUCCCACCUCCUACCCAUGGCGCCUAUCAUAAGAGAUCGGAACUUAUUAAUUUUACGAAAAAACCCAUUUUUCCUGGUUUAAUUCUUCUUAAAACGGGUGCCUAAAGGACCGUACCGAAUCUAUCAUGAUGAAUAAUAGAACUAAUACUAAUGAGAGAAAAGAGGCACGUCCCAACUUUCUCUCGUUUAAAAUGAGGUAAUCGUUAAGUUAAGACCAAUUGAUUUCCUUUAAAUUAAGAAAAUAUCAUUUAUUUUGCCAGACGCUUUUAUGCCAACAAUUAAAUGUCAUCCAGCGGCAUGACUUGCAUAAAGUUUUGAUGAUAGAUAAGAAAUUUAUAUUUUCUAAAGUGCAAAAUCAUCUUGGAUAAUAUCAUGGCAUGUAAUAAAGAACUUCUACCUCCGCUGUCAAACAAAAUGAUGACGGAAUACAAGUAAAGUGUCUAAAAGGCUUUAAGAGAACAUUCUACGUACCUCCUUGACUUUCAUGGCAUUCAGUGAUAAAUCAUAACCCCUUUUUUGAUGUCCAAACUUCAGUAAUAUUAAAAAAUUAAUUUAAAGAAAGCUGAAGUGUUUUUUUUACAAGAGGUAGUACGAGACGUGUCAAUUAAAUAAGACCUCUAGAUCUUGAUAAGACACGUCCCUUCUUAAGAAUAGACGCGAACUAUACUAUUGGGAUGCUACAAUUAAAGCUCUCAAAUGAGUCGUUUAACUGAACUCUAACCUUGGAAACUAUAUAUAAAUAUUGCAGCAAUGUUCUCUCUCUCCAGUAACAGGUAUGUUUUCAGUUACCACGGACGAGGUUUCUGCGAGAGCUUUGUGGCUCCAGUACCAUUAAUUACGUUUUAUACGAGAGUAUGGUGAGCAGUAUAAAUCAAAAAUAUUAAUUUCUUGAAUCCCAGUGACAUACUUAGAUUUCAUAUUAAUUUGUGGCUCAAAAAUUGGGAAAUUAUUUUUAAAAUGAAGGUAUUGUAUGUUUUUUAAAAUUGUUUGUUUUAUGUAUGUACAUAUAUAGAGAGAGAGGAUAUUACAUGGCCUCGCGGAGAUGCGAAACUUCUCUUCGAGUGUUGAAAAAUAUUUCACGAGUGAGCGCAGCUAACGAGUGAAAUAUUUUUUUCAACACGAGAAAAAAAAUUUCGUAUCUCCAAGCGACCAUGUAAUGUUCUAUUUAUUAUACCCGUAUAUAAACACAAAUGAAAUACCAAACCAUUUUACUUAAAUAGUUUUUUGGUGUGAAAGGUGCGAUUUAUUAUGUAGCCAUAGCAACGGUAAUAUUUUCACAUGGGAAGAUAACAUGUUACUUUCACAUGUGAAGAUAUCAAGUUUUCGCGCGAAAGCUCACCUGGUUUUUCAUUGGUGUUUGUGUAAUAAAUAUAAUUAUAUAUCAGAAAAAAACCCCUUCGUUUUAUUAUUAUUUGGUUGGAGUAUUCAUAUCCAUAUUUAAUGCAGCGUAACAAGAAAUUUGGCCUGUUCUUCAUUCGCCUCUUCUUUUAUUGCAGAGACCUUGCCUUCAUGGCAGUAACAAAUUUUACUCAAGACAAAAACCAGCUGCAGGCAACAAUUCAAGAGCUUUAUUGCUCAGCGGAAUUUACAAGAGAAGUACACAUGUACAGCGACCUAAUUGGCCUUUCAGCUAUAAAUAUUUUCCUGUCAGUUACUGCAUUUCUGGGCAACACUCUGAUCCUAUUUGCUCUGCACAAGGAAACUUCACUUCAUCCUCCGUCCAAACUCCUGUAUCGUAACCUGGCGAUAACUGAUCUCUGUGUUGGUAUCAUUGUACAACCCCUGGCUGUGGUUUAUUGGAUAUCUGCGGUGACAGGAAGAUGGAAUAUAUGCUAUUACGCUCAUUUGCCAGUUACCAUCUCAGCCACUGGUUUGUGUGCAGUGUCUUUACUAACACUGACUGCAAUAAGCGUGGACAGACUUCUCGCCUUGUUGCUGGGGCUCAGAUACAGACAAGUUGUAACUUUUAGAAAAACAGGUAUUACUUUACUCGGUAUGUGGAUUUUCUCCAUUUUAGGCACAUCAAGUUUCCUUUGGGAUCCUGUCAUUCAUCAGUGGUAUACAUACUCAGGCGUAUCUCUGAGUUUGAUCGCCUUGAUUUGCUCGAACACAAAAAUAUUUUCCAUUCUUCGUCAAAACCAAAUUCAAGUUCAGAAUCACAUUGUUCAAGGACAACCGAGCCUAGCAAUUCCCGCACUGAACAUAGCUCGAUACAGAAAGGCAGUGUACAGUGCACUGUGGGUGCAGGGAACAUUGGUUUUUUGUUAUCUGCCACACGGGGUAGCAGUGGCUUUGACACCUGCAGAAGGGAUGCGCAUUUCUAUUUACCUUGCCAGGCAAUAUACGGUCUCUUUAGUUUUCUUAAACUCUUCAUUAAACCCUUUGCUGUACUGCUGGAAGAUCAGAGAAGUGAGAAAAGCUGUGAAAGACUCAAUAAGACAACUUUACUGUUAA